UUCCAAAAUUUCUCCACAACUAAAAUAACAAUUAAUAAUAAGAACAUUUACCGUCCAAUCAAAAUUUAGUAAAUUUUUUUCGAGAGGAACAUUUGCAGAAAGGCGCUUUAACAAAUUAAAGGCUGCGAGUUCUGUUGAGAGAAUAGAUCAACAGAUUAGCAGAAACCAGGGCCAAUUUUGGUGAAGAAAUGGCUUGGAGGGCACAGCUGUCUCGAAAUCUGAAGGAGCUUCGCAUCCAUCUCUGUCAAACCUCGCCAUCGAGCAAUGCAACCAGAGAUUUUAUUCGUUCAAAUUAUAAGGACUUGAAGACACUAAACCCAAGGUUUCCAAUUUUAAUUCGAGAGUGUAGUGGAACUGAGCCAAGAAUAUGGGCUAGAUAUGAAUAUGGAGAAGAGAAGAGUAUGGCACUGGAUGGGUUAACAGAAGGGCAAAUCACAAAAAAAGUUGAAGAGCUAGUUAAAGCUGGUGGCAGAUAGUUUGCCAAUGCUUUAGUAUUUGGAUGUUAAAGUAUUAUGAGUUUUAUCCCAUCAUGUUUUGCUGAAUACUGAAAUAAGUGCACUGAUGAUAAUAUUCCACCAAAAGCAGGCAAACAUUUGUUUUCUACUUGUACCUUGGAAGCUUAAUCCAGCUUCCUUGAUCAAAUUUUUUGUUGAAGUAAAAUAGCACUCUAUUCUCAAGGAAUUCUUUAAAUUACUGCUGUCAAUCAUCAAACAAACUUUUUGUAUAACUAUUAUGUGAAACAUCAACAUGAUUAAAUUAUCUUCAUCCUUUUAUCUUA